GCCGGCGGGGGCGGGAGGCUGGGGCAGCCCCUGCCUGCCAAAGGCAUCGUGGGGGGAGGCGAAGGGGCUCUUUUGCUCCCGUCUCUCAGCCCAGAGCUGUGGCACCUCCUGGGACUGGCAGCUUGGGUUCCCGCAGCCAUGCCAGCAGCUGAGAAUAGCUCAGUUCUAGGAAGGAUCUAGUUAAAAUCCCUGUCCUUGCCCCGGUGGUCUCCGGCCAGGUAGACACCGUAAGGUGUCCCCUUGGCAUACUGCAGGGAGGGGGCCCUGGGGCAGUGGUGGUGGCACUGGGGGCUGGUGGGUCAGCUACCCCAUCCUGCUCUCUCAGCUCCUCCGGCCCCUCUCCCUGCCUGCGCCUGUCUGGACUUUAUUUGCACUUGGGAAAUCCUGGCCACGUUUUUCAGAUGUUGUUGCUCUUUCUCCCUGGGAGGGAGGAUGACAGUUUAAUCCCUCCUGGCUCAUGUUGUGCCCCGGACCUCCUGCUUACAGAAAAAGGGCACAGCGGAGCAUCGUUUGGUGCCAAGUGGAAAUAUUUUCGGCUCUGAGCGUGGUACAAGGGGGAGACCCAUGAACGUCAGAUGAAGCGCCGAGGAUAUUCUCUCCAACACUGCAUUUGUUAAAAGUCUUGGAAAUUCAUCAGCGCUUUUUAAUAAUUACAAGAGGCACAGCAUCACCUAGUGGCUGAAGCAGAGGAGGAGGUGCAGGACACCGAGGUCCUUCCAACCUGAGCCCUGAGCUGGAGCGCAGAGGAGUUUGGGAUUUAGGAAUAGGACCUGGAGGUGGGAGGUGGAAGGCUGGUUCUUGACAUGUCCCCCCCCCCCAAAGUCCCAUUUUCUACUUCCUCUACCCUGUGGCAGAGGGUAAAUGAGGCACCCAGGGCAUCAGCUUCAUUACUGCAGCGGACAAGGGCCUGAUCACGGAAUGCCUGGGGCACAGGCUGGUUCCCUUGAGCAGAGCUGCAGUUGCCCAGCAUGCUACUGAUGCUGCGUGGCAGGGAGAGCCGUGCCACAGCGCAGACUGGCAAAGCCAGAGACUCCGGAGUACAAACACCACCAUUACAGCAUAUGCUGUGGUGGCACUUUCAUGUCCAGACAGUGCCAGGCGAUGCACAAACACUUCUGCCUCCACAAGGAAGUAUAAACCAGAAUCUGAAGGUCACUCAUGUAUGCAGGGCCAGGCAGCAGAGCAGCUUUCGGAGCAACGUGGUGGCACGCUGGCUUCUCUGGGGCAAUAUCAAAUUCUGCUCCCCCAAGGCUACUCGACCAGGACUCCUGUGUCCCGCUUGAUUUUCUCCCAGAGGCUGCAUGGAAAGUAAGAAUCUGGGGUGGUAUUUCUGCUGGUGGUGUCACUACUACCUUCUGGCAGAUUCCUGCAACAGAGGACAAAUCUCUGGCCAAAGACCCUUUUGACCCCAGUACCCCUGUGGAACUCAAGUGCUAACAUCUCCUUGCUGUGCAGCAAGGAGAAAGCAGAGCUCUCUCCCCAGGAGCAUCAUCCCCUGUCCUGUACAUGGAAACACAUGGGUGAAGAAGGGCUCAGGCUCCCAGGCUGUCCCCAUGCUGUACAAGCUAUUCAAACAGGCUCUGAGCAAGGAGAGAGGAAGGCAAAUGGGAACGUGCUGUUAGUAACGUGGGCUUGGGAGACACCUACAGAGGACCACAAUCAAGAGCAGACUGGUGCACUGAAGCCCCACUGCAGAAGUUUGCAUUAUUCAUAGCUUUGCCUUGGUGACAGAGGGAAAAAAAUGGUACUUAAUUUUAGUACAGGUGUUUCCAGGCACCUAUACUGCUUUUAUUUCUGAUUUUCUCAGCACCACAGCUGUGUCAGCAAAGAGCUGGGCUUCCUAAGUAGAGCUGAGACUUACAAAAGGGCUCAGAGGGGGUAGGCACCCACCUUCUCCCGGACGGAAGAUCCUUGUCAUGAUCCCUACCAAAGCAUGAGCCCUAAGGGAGACAGAGCAAAGAGCAAGAGACUGAGGAGGUUCCUGAAGUCUUUAAAGAAAAGCCAUUACAGCAAAUUUAUUCACAGAAGAAAGCUACUGAUGAAGGAAAGCGUGCCCUCAGGUCUGGGUACUUCUGCAAAUAUGGUCCUGCGGAGGGCAGGCCCCAGGAAUUGCCCUUCGCCUUUUAAAAGAAAGAAAGAAAAGCAAGGAACUAAUGUGAGACAUGAGAGCCAACAGAAUCAGCCUGGCAGGAAGGGUCCAACGUACGAAGAUGUCCUGGAGUUUCCUGUCUACGCCACCGUCAGUAAGCCCAAGAGCGUGAAGCAGGAUGACAGCAUUCAUUACGCAGACAUCCAAGUGUUCACCAAGGUCCGGGAGCGCUCUGCAGCAGAGGUGAAGAACUUACAAAUGCAGAAUGCCACAGAGUAUGCCACCCUCAACUUCCCUCGGCCCAGGCUGAAAUAUGACAGUAAGAAUGGGACCCUGGUAUAAAAGGCUUGGUGGUCCCCUCCUCCUUCAGCAGCAAAAGGAUUUCACAGACUUAGAGAUGCUGUAGAUGCAAGAUAACCUCAUGGACACAUCAAGUCUCCCUGAGAAAGUGCAGAGAGGCUGUGUCUUCCGCCUGCAUUUCUCUUCGGAGGACACAGACAUAUUUAUUCUCAUACGAUGAGUAGUUUCCUAUCUGAUUCUGCUGACAAAAAACACCUCUUCACCUUGGAAGAGUUGGCUCUGAAGCUGGCAACCCAUCUCUUCUCAGCACUGUGAGAAGGCAGAGCUGCUCCUUGGCUGAUGAAGGCUAAAACCACAGCUCAGAGCUUCAGUGAGAAAGUUCCUGCUGUGGCACAGGACCAGCUGACUGCUGCUCUGCAGAUGGAUUUGGGAACAUGGCAUACAGGAUUCAAGGGACAAGGAAGAUGUUGCCACAGGAUUUUAUGUCAAUGUUAAGAAAAUUCUGCAAUGUGCAGAAUGACAUGUGGAUGACACUGUGAAGAAAUGGCAUGAAACCUUUAACAGUAUCUACUGCAACGUCUUCCUCCAACACCUGCCACUGUAACUGCAGUCAUGCACUAUGUGCAUCCCCUUUUCUCAAAAAGCAGUGUUCUAUAACUAUGCACAGCACACUAAAACCAAGGCCAGGAAUGCACAAUUAACUGAGGGAUACAGAACAAUUUAUUUCACUGAAGGGCUGUACAGAUAUGCAUCCCUACCCCAACAUGCACAGAAAUGAGUAGUGAGCUCUUGGCUCUGACUGGAAAUUAAAUAAGGAAAUUUCACAAUUUAACUGCAAGGCAGCCACUUAAGAGCCACUGCCUAUAUUUAGGGCAGUUAUCCAGUUCUUAGCUGUCUGCAUGCCUGAGGUACUGGGUAUGAAUCCUGGUCAACUUUAGAGAGGGUUUUUGACUUUUCCUCCAUUUUUUAUUUCAUACUGUCAGCCUUAGUUAUGAAACCCAGUGACAUAAAGCACACACCAUGUGGUGUUUUCUGCUAACCCUCCCAGAUACACCUUUCAGAAUUUUUUAUGGAUUUAAAAUAGCGUUAGUAAUGCAGUAUAGUAAUUGUCCAAAAGGCUUCUGCCACUGGUCUGAAUUUGGCAGUUGCAGCAUUGGCAGUUGAACAGGGCUUCCAAGCAGUAUCUUCAGGCACUAAAUCAAUGCUUGGCACAUUCUGUUCCUAAAUAAUGGUCUGCAUAGCUAAAUGUAGAUCGUGGGACAACCUGUUUAUUGCCAGUGUUUAAAAAGGGACAUGCUGGUACAUUUUAUAAACAUACAUAAUUUUGCAUAUUAUGGCUCAGCUAAAUCUAAAAAGCAUGAAGGAGUUCCUGCUCAUUACGAAAAAUAAAGCUGAUAUGGGCAGUGUUUGCUAAGAUGGAAGUGUUUUGAGGACCAAUCCUACAAUUUUUCUACCUUUUUGCCUGUGCUAUCCAUUAGACCUCAGCAGGGUUAUUGUAAGGCCAGAGUAACAUUUGCAGGAGAAGGCCCCUUUUUUAUAAUGGAUACAGUAUAUUUUUCUACCUGAAAAGGGUUUUUUUGCCCAUGCUAUCCAGCUGACCUCAGUGGGGCUAUUGUAAGGUCUGCAAUAGAAGGCCCUUCAUUUAUAAUGGGUACAGCAUUAUGUUAUUGGAAGAGCUGGUUCUUUUGAGUGCCAAGGAUUCCUCUUUCUGCUCCUCCAAGUUCUUUUCAUGCCCAGUAUGAAAACCUGUCCUUUGGACUGAGGAGGAUUGAAUGGGCACAGGAUUUACUUACAAGAGUGUGUCAGGGAGUCAUGGGACACUCUAGCACUCACUUCUGCUAGCCCAGCUGUCAGAUGGGCUGCCAGAUCUGGUUCAUGAUGGGCAGCAGUUGUGUACCUCCUUGCACUGAAUCACUGGUACAAGAGCUAGAAAGGGACACUGGCUUCAGUUCUAGUCAAGCGCUCUGCAUCAUAGGAAGAAACUGGAUUUUUUUUGAAACAUAAUUAAAUACAGACUGUAGUUCAGGAGAUGGGAGGUUUUCUAGACAACAGGUCAUUUUUAAAACCAAUUUCAUUAAAGUGAAACAGCCCAUUAUUGCAGUGGCAUGCACAGUGUGUGGUACUGAAGUUUUUCCUCACCCAGCAGGAGAGCUGGGGCUGGGGACAGUAAGCUGCGCAGAUGCUAAGGUCAAGCUCCUAGGCCCUGAGUGGUGUACAUUUGCACAUCCAUCAAGUUAAACCAGUUUUGCUGCAGGCAUAGGUAGGACUGGGUUUCGCUCAGAGGAACUUGCUUUCACUUAGUCACGUCACUUAGUUCUGUUGAUUUGUGGAUCAGCCCUUUUGUAUUCUGAAUGCAUGGGAGCUACAGCAGAAACUCUCUUUUAAUGAGUGCCUCAAAGCCUGGAAUGGUAGUUUAUGUCCUAUUCCCUAAGGAGCUCCAGCUUCCAUACCUAGCUAGUACUUGGUGUUGUUUCUGAAGUACAGCGUAUCUUAGAGAUAAUCAAAUGCUCUGCAUAGGAACAGGAGUAGUACACUAGUUUUGCCUGUUUACCAGGCCUUGAAUAGAUAAAAUGUGAAAGCCACAUGUUCUGCAAUAAGCGUUUUUGUAAAGGACUUGGUUUUGCACUGAAUAUUAAAAGCUUCUGACAGCGCA